UGCUUCGUCACCGUUGCGUUUGCACUUGGAGGUGGAGCGGUACUUCGGCGCCCAUUUCCGUCCGUUUCUCUAUCACCUUCUCAUUCUCACACUGCUGUUCUUCGAGGUCGAAUUCGGCGCCUCAGCUGGUUCUACGUUCACCUUGUAAGAUAUUAUACUGAUCCGUGAGGAACAUUUUGGUAAUGCCAUGCUAAAGAUAUUGGUUGAGGCUCAGAAGGAGCGGACAGUUCUCUGCAAGAACAAUACAAGAAUUGAGCAGAUAUAAAUACGAGUUUUGAAAAGAAUACAAUCUUGAUCCCUCUGAAUAUAAAAUUUGCAAACUACAGCGUCAUUGUUCAGAAAAGGAAGAAGCAAUUGUAAAACUCACCUUCAACCCUGCACCGUUUCCAAUGGCUGCAAAACAACCACUGAUAAUAUCUGACAGGAAUCAGAUGAGGAAAUGGUCGAGGAUGAUGAGAUCCCAAGGCAAAACAGUGGGCUUUGUGCCCACCAUGGGCUUCCUUCAUGAAGGCCACCUUUCUCUCGUCAGGGAAGCUCACCGUCACACCGAUGUAGUCGUUGUCUCAAUCUAUGUAAACCCAGGUCAAUUUUCCCCAACUGAAGACCUAUCUGUUUAUCCAUCCGAUUUUGACGGUGAUGUCCGAAAGCUGAUGGCUGUGCCUGGCAGUGUUGAUGUUGUAUUCCACCCCCACAAUCUCUAUGAAUAUGAGGGAACUAACAAGAAGAAAUCUACAAGUAUGAUUAAUAAUGUAGUAGUCUUGUCUUGCAUUGAGCAAAAGGGUAUGGGGCAUGAGACUUGGGUCAGAGUUGAGAAUUUGGAACAGGGUCUUUGUGGAAAGAGCAGGCCUAUUUUCUUCAGAGGAGUUGCUACGGUGGUGACCAAGUUGUUUAAUAUAGUGGACCCCGAUGUUGCUGUGUUUGGAAAAAAAGAUUAUCAGCAGUGGCGAAUAAUUCAGAGAAUGGUUAGGGAUCUUGACUUUCCCAUAGAAGUGGUAGGUUCUGCAAUAAUACGUGACAGUGAUGGCCUGGCAAUGAGUUCUCGCAAUGUGCGUCUUUCACCUAAAGAGAGGGAGCAGGCACUAUCUAUAAACAAAUCAUUGCUGGGAGCUAAAUCUGCUGCAGCAAAUGGCCAAAUAGAUUGUAAUAAGCUGAAAAACUUCGUCAUCCAAGCCAUAACUGAAGCUGGUGGGAGGAUUGACUAUGCCGAGAUUGUAGAUCAAGAGAGUUUAGAGGUUGUGGAAUCCAUUGAGGCUCCUGUUGUCUUUUGUGUUGCUGCAUGGUUUGGGAAAGUCAGGCUUAUAGACAAUACAGAAAUCAACUUGUAAUUUGCUUGUUUGAAUCACAGCCUCUUCGUCUUGUA